AACGCGUGGCGUUGGUUCGUGGGGCCGUCACUUUCCGGGCCUGGACCCGCGGAUUCUUUUCGCUGAACCCUGGACUCUGGGUAUAAGAGCUUUGCACCGAAACCACGAAUUUGUCCAAUUUUCUCAUGUGAGUAACGAGGUGGAUUGCGAGGAAAUUGUCACAAUCCUCGUAAUUCAUAUCGUGGGACUCGUACGAUAGCUUUCCGAGAGAACUCGUACGAGUCCCACCGGAAAGCUUCCGACUCUCCUAGCUUUUGGGUCGACGUGGCCACAUCCGACGGACACGAAAUAGAGGCUUCUCAGGAGGGUUCCACACAUCCGUCGAUCGAGGGAUCGCAGCCUGAGCAACGAAGCUUGGGCAGCGGUGACGUGUUUCUGCCGAUAAACGAUGGGACAGUCCGACAGCUUCCGAAUAGUGCAGGUGCGAAUGCGACCACCGUCGGAGGCUUCACUGAAUUGCAUCAAGCAGCAGCCAACGAGGAGAAAGAUAAAGUAGACGCGAUUCUCAAAGAAGGUAAUCUGAAGGUCGAAGUGGCCACAUCCGACGGCAUCACGGCCUUGCAUAUCGCCGCUUAUAAAGGCUAUGAAACCAUCGUCACAUCCUUGCUUCACUGGUAUAGAACUGAUGUUAAUGCUGAUGUUAAUGCCCGAGAUAACGUGCUGGGCAGAACAGCUUUGCACUAUGCAGUUGGAGGAGGGCACCAGAGGGUCGUCGAGGAACUGGUUGGAUUUCCCAAUAUCGACAAAUGCCCAGAAGACUCUGUUCAGAACCUCACUCCUUUGCUCAUGGAGGUAAUGAAGCCCAGGGACAAGUGCAGUUUGGACUUGGUCAAGACAUUAGUUGCUCAUCUGCCCUCUGAUCAAAUCAAACGCGCAGUUGGUCCUGCCCUGACAUUAAAUGCCAAACUGCCCUGGCUGCCAUUGUUCCCGAGCGACGAUGUUUUAAAAAAUAUCUCCAGCGUUCUUCCGAAUGAAGAGUCUGGGACUUCUAUCUUCUGGUACUUAUACCGAUUCUUCAAUCGGAAGAAGUAUCGCCUGGUACGUAAGUACGAGGCGAUAGAGGAAAAGAGAAGAAGAACCGAUGGAAGCUUAUCUAAUGGAAGCUUAUCUAAGCUUAUCCACUUUCUCUCAGAUAAGUGUAAUAUAAUGGGCACCGAGGACAAUCAGAGGUUGGAUGAAGAGUUAAUGAUACGAGAGAACAUUGAUCGCUACGAGAAGUACAAAUGCUCGAUGGCAGGGCACACGAUUUUUCACCUGGCUGCCACACAAGACAACGCAGAGGUCCUCUCGCACCUCCUCUCCAAUUGCCCGAGCGCAGAUGUGAACAUCCUCACAGCCGAUGGCAGCGGAAUGACCCCUCUGCACUGCGCCAUCAGAGCGGAAUCCAGGGAGACAUUCGACGUCCUGAUGUCCCACCGAGAAGUGGACGUGAACGCAGUCCUGAAAUCGACAGUGGACCUCGCGCGGCCGCCAUGGACGGAACUGAGAUUGCACACCUGGUGGACCCGGAAGAAAUCCGAACGGUUCCGAUUCUACGAGGCGACCUGCGUGUCCGACACCCCUCUCCACCUCGCAAUUCGCUGCUGCGGCUCCUUCACUCUGCGAAGAAUGGUCACGGAGUUCUGCAACCAUCCCCGGUACCAGCCCAGUAUCUACAACGAGUCCGGCGUCCUCCCGCUGGAUCUGGCCUGCCUACGAUCCUCGUGCAGCUUGCCAUUCGGGGACAGCUCGAUCCACUUGAACUUAGUCCUCGACAUGCUCGAGCGCCACCCGAUUAACCAGGCCUUCAUGAACGAAGUCAACAGCAUGAAGACGGGUGCCCAGAACUUCGUCAACGCCGUGCUGGUCGCGGCUGUGCUGCUUGGAGGGGUAACAUUCAGUGCUAUAAUCCAAGGGCCAAUCAAUGAGGUUGAUCGAAGUGUAGAGGUGGAAUAUUUGCUUUUCUUGUUGAGCAAUACGAUAUCCUUCUACUUCUCCAUGGUCACGAUCGUGAGCUGCCUGGUCACGUCCAAAACCCUGCAGCAGCACAGGCUUCUUCACCUCCCGGGCCGCUUCAUCGACGUUCCGUGGACAUCUGUCCCCGUCUUCCCCAACGAUAUUCGGGCCCUGCCUGUCCUUUCCCUCAUAUUUUCUAUCCAUUACGGAAUGAUAGCUUUCGUCAUGGCGAGCUGGAUAAACAUCUACAUUAGGUCUCGAGACAUUCAGACU